GAGAGCAAGGGCUACGACUUCGAGUCGGAGACGGACACGGAGAGCAUCGCCAAGCUGGUCAAGUACAUGUACGACAACCGGGACAGCGACGACAUCAGCUUCACCACGCUGGUGGAGAGGGUCAUCCAGCAGCUGGAAGGUGCUUUCGCCCUCGUGUUCAAAAGCGUUCAUUAUCCUGGCCAAGCGGUUGGUACCCGGCGAGGCAGCCCCCUGCUAAUAGGAGUGCGCAGCGAGCACAAGCUCUCCACCGACCACAUCCCGAUACUCUACCGGACGG